AUGCCUCAGUUGGAGCCUUCUUUUGAAGGUGAGCUUGGAUUUGACAAUGCGAGGACAGUAUUAUUAGUGUUGGCCAUCUCAGUUCCAGUCUCAUUUGAACGGCCAAUUUGUACAGUUCCUCCACAAGCAUUUUCUUAUGCAGGUACAGAAUUGGGGAGGAUCUCUCAUGGUUUGUCAGAUGUGGUAGACCAGAAUGGUCUUUUGGCUUAUUUGUCUCAUUGCAGCAGAUUCUCAGUUGUGUCUGCUUCUGAGUUCUUUAAAGGGGAAGAACCAGCCUUACAGCUGGAGCAAAGUAAUUUUCUCUUGUGCCAAAAACGCAACGAGAUCUCUGAAGCUCAUUUAACAAGUCUACUUCUAGAUUACCUGCCAAACUUGCAUGAUAGAGUAACGAGCUGUGUGAAUAUUGUCCUUCGAAAAAUCUCUGAUAUAUGGCGAUUGAUAGAACUUGGAUGCAUGGGUGAAGUAAUUCAAACGUUAAGGUUCUGA